AUGUCUCUGCAUGACGUCGAGAGAUAUGAGGCGAAAUGCUUCUUUCUUCCGGGUCGAAUGAUAAAAAUCAAGCCUCAACUUUUACCAGGAGACCCUGACUACUUAAUUAAUGCCAAUAGGGACCGUGAUGGUAGCGAUGAAGAUGCCAUUGAUGCAGCAAUGUUCGGAUACACUGUUAACGUUAACUCUCGCGAAAGCUUCUUCUCCGCCGAGGACGCAAAGAUCCACCCAGAGAUCGCCAAGAUCUGCCAAAUUGAACGUCAGAUAUUAAAGUUUCACUCAUUGGAAGAGCAUAAUAAGAGAUAUACAGCCUUGGAAUCCGAGUUCAAUCGCCUCAACGGUUUGAUGGCACCACUACGAACACAUCCCAACAAUAGCCGUCCGUUCAAACCUCUAUACGACAAAAUAUUGAGAACUUACCAGCAUCGUAAGAAGGAUCGAAAGGUUAUUGCGAAUUUCGAAGAUUGGGUGAUUGGAGAAACGGACGCUUUAAGCGACAAAGAGAUCGAUGGACUUCAACGGAAGAUCCAGAACACACUUCAUAAUGCCAUCAAUCCGAUGAGGAAACUUCCUGCAGACUGCGAUAGAACUCUAGAAUUUGCCCUUGCGGCUUUGGUAGAACGUCGAAAGCUCAAAGCCAAACUGGAACCAAUACUCCACAAGGGCCCCGAGUCACUUCGACGGAUCGCGAAAACUAUGGAAGGGAAGAUGAUCAACGAAGAAUCGCAUUUAAGAAUGGGCAUAUGUGAAAUCCCUAGCCUUAAAGCCCAUUCUUUAGAAAAAUUAAAGCAAGAUGUUCGGGAUUUGACAGAAAUAUUUCGGAUGAUAAAGGCUGCGAGGGGGGAUUACAAAGAAUGGGAGAGGAUGCGGUUCAGAAAAACUUAUCAGAGUGAUAAGCCGGCGCCGGGUGAACGCUUGGAACCAAUAGAAGAGAAGAGAAGGAGGAAGAUUUUCUCAAGUUCGCAAAGGAAAUGGUUAAAAAUGGGAUUGUUGGGGAAUUGUGGCCAUGUCGAGAUAACUGAACGAGAUUAG